UCAAAUAGAGUAACGCCAAAUACUUCCUGGUGCAUGCAUACGUUUAUUGUCACAUGAUAUUUUGUUUCACCAGUGGAAUGUAGACCAACCGAAAGCAGCAUUUUAUCAUAAACUGAUGUAACAUUAAAUGGAACUGUCAUCUCGGUGACAUGACAGCAGCUUGUCACCACCAUGUCUCUCAGGGGCGACCGUACCUCCGUGUUCACAUUCCAGUCUGCGGUUCAUAGUUCCCACGUCCUGACGCGUCUCAACGACCAGAGACUGAGGGAUGUGUUGUGUGAUGUUACACUCGUGGCAGGUGGCAGGACGUUCAGGGCCCACUGCUCUGUACUGGCCUCCUGUAGUGACUACUUCCACAGCAGGAUCAUCAACCACACCAGCCCCAGCCUGGUGGUCACUCUGCCUGAUCAGGUAACAGCAGAGGGGUUUGAACCAUUGCUACAGUUCUGCUACACCUCCAAGCUGCUCUUCACCAAAGACAAUAUCGUGGCCAUCCACAGGUGUGCCGGGCUCCUGGGGUUCCACAACCUGGAGACUAGCUGCUUCGACUUCCUUCUGCCAAAGUUCCUGGAGGGUAGCAACAUUACAGCCCAGGAGGCAAGACGAAGAAGAGGAGGCUGCUGUCAGGGCAGGUCCCAGAUCAGGUCCUCCAACCAGGGAAGAUUGCCUAGUUGCCGGUCCUCCAACCAGAGGAGGUCCCCCAGUGUCGAUUCAGCCCACUGUACAGGCUGUCAGUCCCAAAGCAGGACCCCCAACCAGAGCAUGACCCCCAGCCAGGGCAUGUUGCCUAGUGGCAUGACCCCCAGCCAGGGCAUGUUGCCAAGUGGCAGUUUAGCCCACCAUACAGACACAAACAGAGACGGAGAGCAGCAGGUUAUACCUCAUCCCCAGAACACAGGCGCAGGCCAGACAACAGGAAGUGAUGUCAGGAACAUAGGAAGUGACUUCGGGGCACAGUGUUCAGCUGCCAACCCAAGUGGAACAAUGUCCCCACAGCCACACCAGAGGUUAACAGUGCCUUCGGACGGAAACGUACAAAUYGACUUCCAGUCGUCAUCCCGAUGUACAAAGACCCUGGCCUUGCUAGUCGACUCGGGCAGCAGUGGUCGGGAGCAGUUCUGUUUGCAGACCUGUGGCCCCAACAUGUCACCCUUAUCUCUCGGGGGACUGACGUCCUCCAGUGGUCUUGGUGUCUGUCCCAUCCUGGCCAUGCCGUGUCCUGGUGGUGUUGACCGGAAGCCAGACCCUGACGCCGUUUUCAGCGAUAGAGACAUCCUAGGYAUGGAGGCAGCGGUGUGUCCCGUGACCAUGGGUGAGGAGAGUCUGAGAGAUUGCCCACUCUCCUGUGAGCUGCCGUGCCAUGKCGAUGUGAGCCCAUCAGACCUUAUUGAGGCAGCGGUUGGAGAGAUGGAUGAUGACCGGCCUGUCGUUGGGAGUCUGAUGGCUGAUGAAGCUGGGUGUAACCCAGGUUCCUGUAGCACGUGCCCACUAAGAGGCUCAGGAGUGGUAGAGGAGGCUGAGCUACAGCAACCUGUAUUGGAUCUCCUGGCAAUACACAAAAGCCCUAACUCAGAAAAUAGUGAGGGGGAGAGCCAUGGUGGAUGCCUUAUGUUCCCAGGGCCACGACGAUUAGGUCAAGUAGGUCAGCUACCUGUGUUAAUGCAGAGCGAGGACCCUGGUCUGGAUGGCAGCGUGGCUGUUGGGGGUCAUCUCCCUGACUCCGCCCUCACUGACCCCUCCCUCUCUGACCCCACCCUCUGUGGUCUUACCCCUGAUGGUAGGGGGUACGGACUUGGAGGGCGGAGCAGUGUGGAGAGGGAGGUGGCUGAACAUCUGGCCAAGGGUUUCUGGCCUGAUUUAUGCCCCUCACAGACUGAACCUCUCCCUAAUCUGGACACCAUGGAGCACGGAGGUCUGGGUAGAGUUCCUAAUCUGAACACCAUGGAACACGGAGGUCUGGGGGGAGUUCCUAAUCUGGACACCAUGGAGCACGGAGGUCUGGGUAGAGUUCCUAAUUUGAACACCAUGGAGCACAGAGGUCUGGGUAGCGUUCCUAAUCUGAACACCAUGGAGCACGGAGGUCUGGGGAGAGUUCCUAAUCUGGACACUAUGGACCACAGUGGUCUUGGAAAGGCUGCAGACUUCCCCUGGCAGCUAGACCUGAACUCAAAUCCAGCAGACUGUCCCUUCCUUAGAGACCUGGGGACAGGAGAGGCAGGGGGGAUGGAGGGGAUGGAAGAGGUGGAAGAGAUGGGUAAGGUAGGACAGACAGGUGGGYUGGAAGAGACAGGGGAGGCCCAGACCCCCGGUGGGAACCACAGCCUGUCCCAGUCUGAGAUGAGUCCCUACAUGUCAUCUGUUAACUCAGGAGAGGACUCAGACGGAGACCUGGACACAGACGGAGACACGGAGAGAGAGGUCAACAACAGGAGAGCACGAGAGGUUUGUCUGCCCUUCCCGGUGGUUCAGAUCUCGUCGGUGAGUCGUAGUGCCUUCCAGCAGCUCCUCAGAUGCCAGCAGCUGACCCACGAACAGCUGGAAUUCGUCCACGACGUCCGCCGGCGCAGCAAGAACCGCGUGGCCGCCCAGCGCUGUCGCAAGAGGAAGCUAGAAGGCAUCGGUAAACUACAGACUGAGAUCGGCACACUGAGAGGAGAGAAGAAGAGGUUGCUAGAGGAGCGGGGCCACCUGCAGAGGAACAUGGAGGAGACGUUACAGAGUGUGACAGGGCUGUGUCAGAGCGUCUGCGACGAGCCAGGGUUCUGUCAUGAGCAGGACCAGCUACAGCUCCUAGCCAAGCUCCAGUCUCCUGACAUCCCUGUCUCAGCACUCCUCAACACUCUGGCCUCCCCCGGCCUCCCCCUCUCCUCCCCCGGCCUCCCCCUCUCCUCCCCUGGCCUCCCCCUGGAACUGAUGCAGUUAGCUUAAGCCCCAACC